AUGUUAAGUCUCUGGAAAUUAAUUCCUGCUCUUGAAGUAUUAUUAUCUGCAGUUAACAUUAAUAGUCAUAUGUUGUAUUAUAGUAAAACUUCAUUAAUUUAUGAUAGAGAUGAAUUUAAAAUAUUUAGAACAUUAAAUAACAUGUCAAUCACUUUAGCAAUAUUCAUGUUAGUUGGUGGAAUUGCAUCAAUUGUUAUGAUUCAUUUUAAAAAAAGGAUUAUUAUGAUAAUAAAUAUUUGUGUUCAAAUUAUUGUUGUAGGAAUGGCAAUAACAGCUAUUGGAUAUUCAUCAUAUAUUCUCAUUAAAGCACAACAAGUAAUAUUAAACUAUUGGAAUAUAACAACAUUAACAAAUACAGAUGAUAUACCAAUUAGUCAAUUAAUAGAAGCAUCAGUUUGUUUAAUAUAA